AUGACCACCGCCGCCGCCGUGAACGCAGCGGCGGUCGCGCAGCUCUGCGCCGGCGCCCGGCGCCGGAAGCCGGCGCAGGGGCCCCGGGUCGACCUGCGCUGGGCGCGCCUGCUCCGCGUCGCCGUCGUCAGCCGGGCGCUCCGCGUCGUGCGGGACCAGCUGCUCGCGUGCUCCUCCUGCGGCGGCGGGGGAGGACCCGGCGGCGGCAGGGGCGGCCGGUACCGCCGCCUCGGCCCGCCCGCGCUGGCCCCCGUCGACAGGGGCGACGCCUGCGUCCCCGCCGGCGCCGACGACGCCGAUGACGCGGCCGCGGACGACGCCGAGAACGUCGUCAGCCUCAAGGUCAGCCUGCUCGGCGACUGCCAGAUCGGCAAGACAAGCUUCAUGGUUAAGUAUGUGGGGGAUGACGGGGAGGAGCAGAACGGCUUGCAGAUGACGGGCCUGAAUCUCAUGGACAAGACGAUGGCAGUCCGGGGAGCUCGGAUUGCCUACAGCAUCUGGGAUGUAGCAGGAGACAUCCAAUCCAUCGACCACAUUCCAAUCGCGUGCAAGGACGCCGUGGCGAUCCUGUACAUGUUCGAUCUCACGAGCCGGUGCACGCUUAAUAAUAUUCUAGAUUGGUACGAGAGGGCGAGGAGAUGGAAUAAGACGGCUAUUCCAAUCCUAAUCGGGACAAAGUUUGAUGACUUUGCUCAGCUUCCUCUUGAAAUGCAAUGGGCCAUCGUUAACCAGGCCAGGGCAUACGCAAGAGCGAUGAAGGCGACCCUCUUCUUCUCGAGCGCGACGCACAACAUCAACGUGAACAAGAUCUUCAAGUUCAUCACGGCGAAGCUCUUCAACCUGCCGUGGACGGUGGAGCGCAACCUCACCAUCGGCGAGCCCAUCAUAGACUUCUGACGAGACCACCUCCUCCUCCGCCUCCUAACAGAUAACUAGGCAGCAGCAGCAGCAGCGCACCACGACCCUUCGUCCUCCCAUGGGUCGGAUCGUGUCUUGCUCUUUGCUCGGCGCCGGAGCCAUGAGUGAGCCUCGGUGCAGGCAAGGCAAGAUGCCUUUGUACAUAGGUGACAGCCCCCCUGCCCGCGCAGUGCAGGGGCGUCGGGGAAAAAAAGGAAAACCGCGAAGUGUAUGCAACACCCCCGCCCCGGACAGAGUGUAUAGGAAUCCAUGUUAAUAUAUCCACCGUUUCCUUUGCUCCUAGCAUGUACAAGCUGUAUCAUGUUGUUCAGAAGAAUUCUAUGGUCUUUUUUUGUUU